AUGAUAUGGUUUCCCAUUAUUCUCCCUACAGACUGCAAAAUCCACGGUCAUAGUAGGCGUCUACCGUGCUCCAGUCAAGUUUGGAUAGGACCAUCGGUGCUGAAUGGUGACCUCUCCUCUUUGGCAGAUUUGUCUGUGAAGCUGAUCGACUCAGGUGCGGACUACCUUCACCUGGAUGUUAUGGAUGGUCAUUUUGUUCCAAACAUUACCUUUGGACAUCCGGUUGUUUCGUGCUUGAGACCCAAACUACCCCCUGGUACCUUCUUGGACCUUCACAUGAUGGUUUCAGAACCUGAGAAGUGGAUCGAGGGAAUGCGUCAAGCUGGAGCCACUCAAUACACCUUUCAUCUCGAGGCCACUGAUGAUGUCAAGCGAUGCAUUCGGAAGAUUCGAGAGGCUGAUAUGAAGGUGGGUCUGGGAAUCAAGCCAAAGACAGUUGUGGAGGAAGUCUUUCCGUACGUUGACCUUGUGGACAUGAUACUUGUGAUGACUGUUGAACCUGGCUUUGGUGGUCAAGCCUUUAUGGCGGAUAUGAUGUCCAAGGUGAAAGCGCUUCGAGAAAAGUAUCAAGACCUGAAUAUAGAAGUUGAUGGUGGAGUUUGUCCAAAAACAAUUCGUGAAUGUAUCAAGAAUGGCGCCAACAUGAUCGUCUCGGGUAGUGCAAUAACGAAUGCGGAUGAUCCGGCUGCUAUCAUACGAAGUAUGCGAUCCACCAUCGUGGAAUUGUGA